AUGUCACACCCUCAAUUAUUAAACACUUAUUUAAAUAGAAUUUAUUGGUUUUAUUUUCAGCCCAAGUCCAAGAUCUCAUCCUCCCGCAAGGUGUCACUGAAGAUCCUCCUAUUGUCACGUGCAUUAGAGGAGCUGGAGGCAGAGAAACAAGCCAGAGAGGAGGAGAAGGUUCGCUACCUGGGGGAGCAGCUCCCGCCCCUGCAGGUGUCUGGCUUGUCCUUGGAGGAGCUGCAGAAACUGUGUAAGCAGCUCCAUACCAGGAUUGACCAAGUGGAUGAGGAGCGCUAUGACUGUGAGGCCAAAGUCUACAAGAACGGCAAAGACAUCCACGAGUUGAAGCUGAAGGUGAUGGACAUGGGGGGUAAGUUUAAGAAGCCAGCUCUGAGGAAGGUCAGAGUAUCAGCAGAGGAGAUGAUGAGAGCACUGCUGGGCACCAAACACAAAGAACAUAUGGACCUCCGAUCCAACCUCAAGUCUGUUAAGAAAGAGGACAUCAAACAGGAGAAGGAGGGCAACCUGGAAGUGGGAGACUGGAGGAAGAACGUGGAGGCCAUGUCUGGCAUGGAGGGCAGGAAGAAGAUGUUCGAUGCUGGCGGUGGUCAAUAAGGUGGUUCCUCACCGCAUGGGGGUGGGGACACAGAAUUCCAUUACACUGAGGGGUAAAAAAAAUGUUGGAGAGAGAAGAGAGGAGAGAGAGUGGAGAUAGUGAGAGGGACUGGGAAAACCCGUAUCCAUGACUGAACUAAAGGUGCACAACUCAGGUCCUAAACCAGGGCUUUAAGACACCACACUUCUGAGUCUCUGUGUCAAAGGUAUUACUGCUGUAGAGCUCAUGUUGCCUGCUGCAGGUUAUAGCAUAGCUACAAAAGUGCCUAUCUAUCAAAUCACUACUGUAUUUAGUCUAACCAAUGUUCUCUCAAGUAGUAUCUUUAAAAAAAAAUCAAGUUAAGUUUAAGGAAUGUGAAUAUACAAAACUGCCCAAUGUUAUUUGUAAAAAGUCAGAAACUUGUAAAUAGUAAUUGUGUUGACUUAGCCUACACAUACUGACUUGUCUGUAGUAACAUAGCCAAAUGAAAUGACAUAACCACAAAAACAUAUUAAAAAUCACUGUAAUUCAAAAACCGAAGGUUGUAUGUAUGAAUGUUUGACAGCCAGUUGCACAACAUGCUGUAGCACCACUAUUAUAGUAUACUGUAUACUGAACAUAGUAGUUACACGGUUACCCCUGUGGCGUCUCAUGA